ACGCGAAGCUGACAGGCUGGGCUUCCGUUCCACUUGAGUCGCAGUGAACUCCCCCUGAGCUGCUCCAGCAAACAAACACACCGACCUUGGCGCUGUCUGGACGGACGCAAAAUGUUGUCCUACAUCAUCGGGCUGAUCCGAGGCGGCUUUGACGGCAUCAUCAACCUCAUCUUCCGGCUGUUCUUCUCCAAGAGGAGACCCGCCAUCACCUUGGAGGACCCCAACAUCAAAUAUGCGCUCAGGCUCAUUGACAAGCAGAUUGUGAGCCAUGACACCAGGAGGUUCCGGUUCGCUCUGCCUUCUCCUGAACACGUCCUCGGCCUGCCCAUUGGUCAGCACAUCUAUUUGUCUGCUAAAAUAAACGGGCAGCUGGUCGUCCGUCCGUACACGCCCGUCUCCAGCGAUGACGACAAAGGCUUUGUGGACCUGGUGGUGAAGAUUUAUUUCAAGGGUGUUAACCCUAAAUUCCCAGAAGGAGGGAAGAUGAGUCAGUAUCUGGAGAGCCUGAAGCUCGGCGACACCAUUGAAUUCAGGGGACCCAGUGGUCUUCUCGUCUACAAAGGCAAAGGUGUUUUUGCCAUUCAGCCGGAAAAGAAGUCUCCAGCUGUGACCAAGACGGCCAAACAUGUGGGCAUGAUCGCUGGAGGAACAGGGAUCACCCCCAUGCUGCAGCUCAUCACUGCAGUUGUAAAGGAUCCUCAGGACCAAACCGUGUGUCACCUGCUGUUUGCCAACCAGACUGAGAAAGACAUCCUGCUGAAAGACGAGCUGGAAGAGAUUCAAGUCAACCAUCCAGACCGGUUCAAGCUGUGGUUCACUGUGGACAAAGCGCCUGAAAACUGGGAGUACAGUCAGGGCUUCAUCAACGAAGACAUGGUGAGGGAACAUCUCCCACCUCCUGGUGACGACACACUCAUCCUCAUGUGUGGGCCCCCACCCAUGAUCCAGUUCGCCUGCAACCCUAACUUGGACAAGGUGGGCCACUCGCCCAGCCGCAGGUUCGCCUUCUAGACGACCGUUCAUCCGCCCGCCCAGAGGAAAAGAGGUGUGGAUAUUAGAGGGCCUCAAGUUAUUGUCUCUGCCCUUAAAGCACUAAAGCAGAGGGAUUUGCACAGUUUAAACCAUAUUUAUAUACCGUGAUAUUAUUCAUGCUAAACAAAUCACAGCUAGGACCAAACCAUGGGCGUUCUAUAGGUCAGGAAGUUGAGAAUAAUGGUGAUUUUUUUUUUUUUUUUUUUGGAUAUGUGUUUAAUCAGGUUAGAACAAACCGGCUGUGGCUUCAUAUCAGGGCUGUUCAUCAAGUGCCUUAAAGACCUGCAGAAGUUUUGUUUUAUAAGGCCAUCACUGCUUUAUCCGUUGCUCUGGAAUGCCGCCCAGUUAAACCUGUUUGUUAAGGAUGUCACUUUAGUGCUGAAUGUUGUAUUGAAGAUGAAGCAUAAAAAUGUUACUACCAAA